GACAAUCGAAGUAAUUGCCAUAUAAAUUGCAGUAAUUACCUAUCAGUAUACGUAUAAAAAUAUCUGAAGCAGAACAGAAAUUCAUGCGAAAAUGGAAAGAGAAAUCAACGAACAAUCGCUUACAAAAUUAUUCAAAUGCAGUGAAUGAAUCGAAUUCAUUUGCUAUUGAAUCUCCUCGUUAAGGUCACUCUGUUUGCUAGUUUAUUUUCAUUUUGGAUUUAACUUAUAGCCUCCUACGAUGGAAAACACCGGUGUGAAGUCAGAAUUUCGCAAGCCAUCUUCUGAAUCAGCUGGCAGAAAGUAUAGGCAUCGAUCUCCCGUCAGUGGGUCAUCAUCAUUGGAUGAAAGUCCUAAGCGAGACUGUAGUUUGAGUCCGAAGCUCUUGAGAGAUGAUGCCUCAAAAGACUCUGAACGGCAACCAAGAAGAAAAGAUGAUGAAAGAGGUGAAGAAAGAGAUAAUGAGCGGUAUUCCUCUCGUUCUCGUAGGGAUUCAAAGGGUGGUGUUCAUUAUGAUCAUACAAGACGAGAUAGAAGUAGAGAUGGAGAUUCAUUAUCCGAGAGACAUGGUUCAGGUAGUAGAAGGCACUCAAAUUCUGAAGAAAUGGGGAAAAAUAGGAAUAUAAGAGACCGAGAUGGUCGAGAUGAGAAGAGAGACAAUGUGAAACAUUCUGGAGAUUACAAACAUGAACAGGGGCUCUCCCAUGAUGAUGCUAGGGGUAAUCGAUAUGACCCAUUUUCGGGAAGGGGUGAAAGUAGGCACCAUAUGAAAGAAAUUUUUAAGAGUGACCGGAAGGAACUUGAUGGUGAAAAGUUUGCUAAAGAGGAAAGGAAAUAUGAGGACCGAGAAACUAACUGGGACAAGGGGCAAGGGAAAGAAUCAAAGGGAAAGUAUGAUGGUAAAGGUGUUUUUGUUGGAAAUCAAGCAUCGCCUGCGAAAAAACCUAAAUUGCUUAGCUCGGGAGAAGAAGUUAAUCAUGAACUGGAUGCUGAAGAAAACCAAUCUUCAAUCUCGAAGCAAGAACAGGAUGGAAAACUGAGUUUAGGACAAGGCCAGAGUAGCGACUCUGAUUUUGCUGCUGACUUUAGUGCUGCAAAAGUUGCUGCAAUGAAAGCUGCUGAAUUAGUUAAUAAGAACCUUGUUGGAGUGGGUUAUAUGAGCACCGAUCAAAAGAAGAAGCUGCUUUGGGGGAGCAAAAAGAGCACUGCCGUAGAGGAGUCCGGACACCAGUGGGAUACGGCGUUGUUUACCGAUCGUGAACGGCAAGAAAAAUUCAACAAACUCAUGGGUGUUAAGGGCGAGCUGAAGAUGGAGCUUCGACCAACCAACCAAGAUCGCAGCGAACUUCUCCGUGCCGAGAAGCAAAAGGAGCUGCAGAUGGAUUUAGAAAAGCAAUACACUGCUGGACUACGAAGAAGAGAUGGUCGAACUGUGGGAUUAGGUCUUUAAGCAUCUUGGCCGUUGGCUCUGGAUUAUUUGUGUGCUUGGAUGAAAUUGUUAUGAGAAUGUUUUCUUUAUGUUGCUGCGCAAGAGUUGUGUUGAAUGUGCAAUCGACAACUUUCGAAGGUAUGUUCUUCCCUUCCCCACCUCCCCUAAAAACCUUAGGAUUGUGGCGUCAUGCAUUUAUGAAGCUUAGAAAAUUAUUAGGGCA